AUGUCGACUAGCAAAGAGACACCAGAAGUCAACACCACCUCUCUCGACAACGAAGAGCAGGCCUUUCCCGAUCCUCAGUGGAGGACAGGACUGCGAGCCAGAUUCCCUUGGACCGGUGCCAUCGCUUUGUUCACCAUUCUUCUAUGUGCGAACAGUUCGAUCAUCGUGCUCCUUUUCUCUGAUGGAAAGAGACAGAAGCACUGGGCAGAAAAGAUUGGACCAAGUGUUCUGCUCUCUGCUUUCAAUGGCAUCGCGAAUAUCUGCUUUGGAGUAGCUAUUGCAAAUGGUGUUGCAAUCACGUGGUGGAGAAAGGCUCUCAGAGGCGCCACCAUCAAGGAGCUCCAUCGUUCUUGGCAAUUUAGCUCGAGUAUCAAGGACGUUGUGCUCUAUGGCAAAUACUUCAACUUCAUCGCUCUGGCUGCACUGGCGGCAAAGUUGACCAUCAUCGAUGGCAUCCUACUACAGAAAGCUGCUGGCACCGAGAUUUAUCCUGAUCCUCCUCGCAACUUUACACUCGAGAUGUAUGUCAACGAUACCAUGCCUGUCACAGCCACGUUUGCAAACAGAUCUGGCAACGAAACCGCUUUGGUCGAUUGGUUCAGCAAUAACGUUCACUACUGGUCUCGAUCUGGCGGUAUCUACGUGCCAGGGGCUUACAACUCAUCCUGUAACGGAACAUGCGUUUUUGACGUUCAUGGUACUGGUUUUGCUAUCGAUUGUCAAGACGAGGAGAUCGAUAUCGACUACGGCACGGCGGUGUCUCAAGAAGCCAUUGCUCUGUCUCAAUCCAACGAUUCUUCAUCUCUGGACGUUACGGGUCAACGGACCCUUUUCGAGAUCAAUUUCAAGGCCGUCUACGGAGCUACUGGAGUGGAUGGCGACUAUGCCAGGAUCGAGAUGAAUCUUACUUUCACAAAUGCGACGGCGGUUGAGGAUAAUCCUACAAGUUGCCCAGGCAAAUUGACUCGCCAUCACUGCAUCCUGCGGCCCGCCAUCCUUAGCUAUCCUGUCACCAUAGAAGACACGACCAACUCUCAAAGCGCUAUUUCUGUGUCAAACAUGUAUCUCGGCUAUAACACUACCUCGUAUGGUGGUCAAGUCGCCUACUAUAGCAAGACUUCUGACACUUUUUACACGGCUGAAGACGACGGAUCAGAGUGGACUAACAAAACUUUGUACAAUCCGGAACUGCACCAACUGAACGACUACUCUGUCAUCAGAUAUAAGGAUGUGCUUGAGGAUACCACAUUCUUCACUGGUGAAACGCCGACUGUCAUCGGAGGAAUUGCCGAUACUCUGAAUCACUAUCUUGCAGGAACCAGCAAUAUGUACGACGACAGAGGUCGAUUUGCUGUGAGUCAAACCGGUGUUGCUGGGAUUCUACCCUUCAACUUCCAGCGCAAUUCUUCUGAUGGUUGUGAUUUUGUAUAUCGGGACCCACUGGACUCCACCAUUCUACAGAUCAAUUCUCUCAUGUUCGUUUUGGCUGUUGAUCCAUGGGGACAAAACGGCGACAACAACUUCACGCUGACUGAGACCUUCAAAGCCACACAAUACGGCUCGAGCAUUCAUUAUGUGACGAAUCGCCGCUAUAUGUGGGGAGCACUGGCUUCAAUGCUAUUCUGCAUUCUUUGCGUCCUGCCCAGCUACUGGGGCUACUGGCAGCUCGGUCGCGAUGUCACUCUGGGGCCAUUCGAAAUUGCAAAUGCUUUCCGUGCUCCUGUGCUCGAUCAUCCGGCUGUUGCCAAUGCUGGAGUCAAGGAUCUGAUCAGAGAGGUCGGACAGAGGGAGGUCAAGUACGGCGCGAUGGUUCACAACGAUGCUUCAGGUCGACUAGCUAUCGCCGAGCCGGAAGCCGUGAGGAGAGUUCACCCCAGGAUAAGCGACAGGAGAUUUUGA